AAACGCAAUAUUUGUGGGGAAAUAACUGCAUCGAUUGGAGUUUUUCGGGCACUCCCUUUAGAUUCUUAACACUUGAUGUUUGAAAAAAGAACUCAGGUGGACACAGUUGAAAAAAAAAGGGAGAGGCGUCCAAUCAGAGCGCUCCUUUUCCCUUUGGCCAAUGACAGGCGCCACAUUGUUGUCAAAUUUGUCUAAUGAAAGCGGAGGAGCAACAAUAGAGAGAGGAGAGAGGGAUCUGUAUCAAUUGACGAUCUCUGGAGGAAGUUAGUGUCUCAGGCUGCGGCGCGUAACAGGCGCAGCUCCUCCUGGAGAGUUUGGACUCGAACCCGAGCAGGAACGCGCGCUCCGCUCCAACUUCAUCCGGAUGUAAACUUGUCAAAUUCUAGACUUUAGAGUUUCAGUCUAGAAGUGCGCAGACCUGUUGCGCGGAGAUGCUGAAAGGCGCGCAGCAGCUGUGACCGAAUCUGACCGCUCCAUCCCCGCGCGCGCGCUUCACCUCCUCCUCUUCUUCUUUCCUCGGUGAGUCACGAGCAUGGAUCUGAGACCCGAGCUCCCCACCGCCUCUUCUGCCUCUCAAGUCCACCCGGCCGCGGCGGCGGCGGCGGCUGCGGCCUCCAUCCCGGUGUCCAUGGCCGGGAACCUGCUGCGCGGUCCUCCGCUCCUCCUGCGCGCCGCAGACAAGUACCCGCGCACGCCCAAGUGCGCCCGCUGCCGGAACCACGGCGUGGUGUCGGCCCUGAAGGGCCACAAGCGCUACUGCCGCUGGAAGGACUGCAUGUGCGCCAAGUGCACGCUGAUCGCGGAGCGGCAGCGCGUCAUGGCUGCGCAGGUGGCGCUGAGGCGGCAGCAGGCGCAGGAGGAGAACGAGGCGCGCGAGCUGCAGCUGCUGUACGGCACGGCGGAGGGGCUGGCGCUGGCCGCCGCCAACGGCAUCAUCCCGCCCAGACCCAACUACGAGGUGUUCGGUUCCGUCAGCAGCGAGAGCAACUCAGAGUCGAGUAUCCAGAAGUUCGAGCUGUUCCCCAAGAACCAGCUGUCCGGGUCAACCCCCCCGCAGCAGUCCGGGGGGAAGUCGGCCUCCGCGGACAGCGACGCGGCCCCCGGCAUCUCCUCCCCGGACGCCCGGCACGAAGGAGGCUCCGGUUCCGAGAACGGAGACAGCGAGUCGUUCCUCAACUCCCCGGUGUCCAAACCUCUGAAGGACGGAGAGGACACCCCCGGGUCCGUCAGCUCGCUCGGAUCAGACUCCGGUUCCGAGAUCGACAAGGACGAGCAGGAGCCGUCCCCGUCCUCCGUGGCGUCCCGCCACAUGAACGCCAUCGACAUCCUGACCCGGGUCUUCCCGAGCCACAAGCGCAGCGUGCUGGAGCUCGUGCUGCAGGGCUGCGGCAAGGACGUGGUCCAGGCCAUCGAGCAGAUCCUCAACAACGGCGGCGCGCAGGCGCCGAAGGCCGGCGCGGAGGAGGCGGCGUGGACGGCGGAGAGGAUGCUCCAGAGCGCGCAGCAGCUCCCGCCGGCCUCCGCCACCGCAGCCCCGUCCACGAGGCCGAUGCUGCCGGGAGCCAUGGCGCUGAGCAACCGCUCCGCCUUCUCCCCGCUGCAGCCCAACGCGCCGCACUUCAGCGCGGACCCGGGCUCCUACCCGCUGGGCACGCACCUGGGCUUGAACCCGCUGCGCCUGGCCUACUCCGCGCACAGCCGGGGACUGGCGUUCAUGACGCCCUACUCCACCACCGGCCUCAUGCCCACUUUGGGCUUCAGGCCUCCCAUGGACUACGCCUUCAGCGACCUGAUCCGGGACAGGACAAUGCUGCACAAGGAGCAGCCGUACGCCGGCGGCCUGUACGGGCCUCUGGUCAACAACACGCCGGACAAACAGUGAGGCCUCGCGCGCCCUGACGCACCCGGAGCGCGCUCCUGACGCACUCAUCCAGUCUGUGUAUUCGUAGCCGCAAGUGUUGAAAUCCGUGACGUGCGUGGCUACACACUUCUGUACAUACAGGAUCAUCUGGCUUGUAGUCAAAUGGUCUGCCUGGGGGGUGGGAAUGGGGGGUAAAAUUACUUAUGUGGAAUAAAAAAAUAUAUAUGUUAGUUUUCAAGCGUUUGUAAUAGUUCCAAACCUCCUCCUGCCAACAGAACGAGACCAGAAUAUUUAUAAUAAAGGGUCCAAAUGGCAAAACAAUAUUAAAAGACUAAACUCUGUAGCUCAUCCAUUUAUUUCAUUAUAUUUUUUGACAUUUUAGGGGCCAUAAAUCGUCGGUGAAACUGAAGUUAAAAGACAAAAUUAAAUUAUUAGCUUCCUGCGUAUAAAUACCAUUCAUUUGACUAUAAAUAGAUUGAUUUAUCUCACACUUUUUUAUUAGUUUGUUUCUAAAUGCCUGUAUUAUAUAUUUCAUUUAUCAUUUCUGUCAGCUCAUAUAUUUUGUGGCAAAGUGCUGGAAAAAUGUUCAAAUGUUUAAAGCUGUGCUGUCACAUUGUAUGAAUAUGCUGGAAAUAAAUGUUAUUAAAAAACGUGAACGAAAAA